AUGAGCAACCCACUAGUGGUUAGCAUCUCCAACCUGGCGGCCUACACGCCCCAAGAAACAAUCGAGCUUGUUUCCCGCUCUGGCGUCAAGAGAGGCAACAUGCGUCCCGACAAGGUCUUUCUCUCCGCCGUCUCCGCGGGAUGUCUUCUUGGCUUUGGCUGUGGCGUCUCGCUCUGUGCCAUGACAGCACCCUGGUACACUGAGAACGCGCCCGGUCUGGUCAAGCUCUUUGGCGCUGGUGUUUUCCCUCUGGGUCUAGUGCUUGUUGUGCUUACGGGCGCGGACUUGUUUACUGCCACUACCAUGUUUACUUUGACUGCUGUUCUGCAAGGUCGGCUUCCGAUCCGAAAGAUGCUGCUGCAUUGGUUCCUUUGCUUUUUCGGCAAUCUUGCAGGAUCGCUAUUUGUCAUGUCCAUCAUUAUGGGAUGUAAGUCACGGCAGCCACUCAAUGCUAAGGUCGCAAUUGACAUUUUCUUAGAUGGCGGCGUCUUUGAUGCGUCACCGUACAAAGAAGUUGUCAUGUCUUUCGCCAGCAAGAAACAAAUAUCGCCUCAAGUUCACCAGAUCUUCCUGAAAGCGAUCGGGUGCAACUGGCUCGUAUGCCUCGCCGUCUUCCUCGGCAUCCAAGCCAAGGAUCUCGCCUCAAAGGUCAUCGGCAUGUGGUGGCCCAUCUUCGCCUUUGUCGUCCUCGGUCUCGAGCACGUUGUCGCCAACAUGUUUUACAUGUCUCUUGCAAUUUGGCUCAAAACACCUGAUCUUACCGUCGGUCUGUACAUUUGGAAGGGCAUGAUCCCAGCUACGAUUGGCAACAUUAUUGGCGGUGGCAUGUUUGUCGGCGUGUAUUACUGGUACAUGUACCUGUUUAACGAGGAUCCUGUCAAGGUUGAUGGUGUUGAGUACCAGGGCCCCCACGUGGACUCUCACAUGCACAUGCAUUUCCUUGCCAACAGGAAUAAGAGCACCGUCACCGAUGAGGAAAGUAGGAUCGAGUCAGCGCCUGUUUCAGUGCCGGCCAGUGUUCUGGCGAAAUAG